AUUAAUCUGUGCCGUAGAGAAAAAGGCGUGUCUUUCGGAAAGUGCGCGCGCAGGUGGGCCGGAGGGCUUUCCCCCUUGUUGGAGGUCGCCUAGGUGUAGUUGUUCGCGGCGUACUGGGACUUGACAGUAUCUGGGAUAUAAAUCUACAAGCAAAUAUAAGGAGUGUUAAACCCUUUACAGUACAACAAAGGCUGGUAAAGAAGAAUAAUGGAAGAUAAAAGGCAGAGAGCCAGAGUCCAGGGUGGCUGGGCUAGCCAGGGAAAUAGCAGAAUGACCCCAUGUACAGCUUUUAGAGAUCCCAGUGCUAGAAAUCAAGCAUUUGCCAAUUCAGCACCAUCCAGGUUCCAAAGAGAGGCAGAUCCAUCCAAAAGACAAUUUGUUUUUAAAGCACCUGAAGAGGUUGUAUGCAAAGUCCCAGAACCCAGAUUAAUAGAGAAACAGGGUCUAUAUGAGAUCAGCACAUUGCCCUCAGGAGUAUCAAAGAUUCAUUUGAUUCCUGGCUUCAUUUCCUUGAGUGAAGCAGACUGGAUGUUUGACCAGCUUUUCCAUGAAAUUCCAUGGAGGCAAAGAACACACGUUAGACACGAUCAAUCUUAUGAUGAACCGAGACUCACAGCAUGGUAUGGAAAACUACCCUACACCUAUUCCAGGCUUGAAAUGCAGGCAAACCCUGAUUGGCACCCACUACUGGCCAUGUUGAAGGAUCUCAUAGAAGAUUUCACUAAGAACACCUUCAACUCCCUACUCUGUAACCUCUACCGAAAUGAAAAGGACAGUGUUGAUUGGCAUAGUGAUGAUGAACCUACACUGGGAAAAAACCCCAUAAUUGCGUCGCUUAGCUUUGGUGCCACCCGGAUGUUUGAGAUGAGGAAGAAGCCUCUGCCUGUGAGUUUAUAAAGCUGGAAUGUAAUCCAGUAGAAACAACAUAUUUUAAAUACUUUAAAUGCAUAAUAUAAUACAGCUCUUUCUGUCCACAUACCUAAAACCACAGGUGGGCAGCACAUAAACCCAGUCCGCAAGCCGUUAUUAACCAGUUCAUAGUCCUAAUAGCAUUGAUGAACUGUGUUGGGAUAGGGUGGGAUGCAUUGGCAAUAGCUCAGUGAUAGGGUGCAUAGUCUGAACAUGGGUUUUUUUGCUGCCAUUUCUGGAUGAGGCUGGAAAAUAUCCUGCCUUAAUUGUAGUGAUUUCCCAUUAUGAGGAGGAUGGGGAUAUUGUAUAGUAGAUGACGGAGGAGUAGCUGAUUGGAGAGGUACAUAAAGCAGCAAGUAGCUUGUAUUAAUGUUUAGCUGUUACGCUGAAAUUCAUUGAGGCUUAAUAUCAGUCAUUUAUUUUUGUAGUGGUUAAGGCAC